AACAAGGCGAUAGCUAUGACCACAAUAUAUUUGGUAAUUACAGGUAGUCUGAUGGAUAUAAACGAACGUUUACGUGAGCUCGGCAUAGCUGAUAGAGUUGAGUUGUUUGAUAGAAAACGUCCACAGUCUGCACAAACACAGCCUCCAUACAGACUAGCUCCAGAUGAUCCACGACCUGCAUCAGUUAUACUAAGAAGACCAGAGCAUCCUCACACAAGGAAUAUUAAGAAAUCUGACCCUGUGGCGAGAUAUCAGCAGUUCCGACAGAGUUGGCAGGUUCAAAGAGCUCCAGGAGAGAAAAAUCAUAAAAACUUACGCUGGAACGUUCGAGAACAAAUGCUGGCUCAAGAUAUAGUUUAUGAAAAGAAACCCCACAGAGUAUUUGUACCAAACAAAUACAAGAUCCCGUCAGACAAGAAGCGUCAAGAUUUACGAUGGCAGAUACGUAUGGAUAUGGCACAGGGACAGUUACCUCAUCAUGGCUUCUAUCAAGAAUACUGAAACUGUUCAUGUCAUAUUCCAUCAUCAAGUUAUCAUGAUAUUCAUGUUUAUAGUAGGCAGUAAACACUGGCAGAUCUGUGAUAGACAAUAAAGAAUACUUGCAUGGAUACUAAAUGGAAGGAGAGAACCUCUUCUAGUUUUGUGCUUUUUAUGCACAGAUUGUGCUGUAACUGUGCAGCUAUGCUUUAAAGCUUUGCAGUGUUGAGAUGUCUUUAAAGGGAAAGGCAUCCCUGUAUUAAUGUUCAUUAAAUAUGCUAGGUCUUCUUCAGUCAUUAAAGACAGUGAAAGAAUUUUAAAAAUUGGCUGAAAAAUGAGAAAGUUAUGAACAAAUCAGUAUUUGAUAGAGGAGUUGCACCUAGUUUUUAUAGUAAAUUAAAACAAAAUGGCAGAUAUAAUUUAUUUUUAGAUAGUUAUUUGAACUGUAUUCUCCAUGGUUAGCAAUUUUCGUAAAGUUCAGACUGCCUUAUCUUUUUCAAAAGUGAUCCAAUUUUAAAAAUAAUAAGUCCAGCUUUAUGAAUGACUGAACAAUAGCUUUUAUAUGAAAUCAGAUUAUGCUUAGGUAUUCCUUCCCCUCUAAUGUAACAACAGACGUUUGGUGAAAUCUUAUUGGCUAAAACCUGAUCUGGUUAAAGUCAUUUUAGUUUUAAUAUUUGGAAGUAUGUAAAUCUAUACAGUUUAAGAAAGCACUUUUUAAUCUCCAAAUGAAUAAAAUAAAAUUUAUCAUAUCGCUUUUGACUGCAAAAAGAUAAAGGUCACCAAGGUAAUAAAAUGUUUUAGCCAUCAUCAGUUUUUGAAUAAGGUUUACAACUUUUGGUAAUCCUCUAUACCCAGAAGUUUAACUACAUUUUAAAACAGAUCGGUUUUGUUAAAUAUGUGAAACAGUUCCCUUAGCCAGGGAACAGUGUAUAAGAUGCAUUAAUUUAAAACUUUUGGUUAUAGGGGUUAACCCUUGACUGUAAGUUGUACUCAAAAAUUAAAUAACAGAUAAGACAUUUUAUUACCUUUAGAGACCUAUAUCAUAUUGAAGUUUAACAUUGUGAUUAAUUUUGUUAUUCAAAAGACCUUUUUAAAAAAGUAUAGGCACAUAUUUUUUCUAGUUAAUAAAACAGAGACAAACAUGUCAAGAUAUAAGCGAAUAAGAUUUUCAUGAAAUAGCCGUCAUUGCCGUAAGACUCAAUAAAUGCAUAUUGAUGUUAACUGAAUAAUGACCAUCUUCAUUGUUGCUGCAUUGAGUGGUAGAAAUAUUGUCAGUUAGAAGAUUAUGGACAAAGUAAGUUAAUGAUAUGUAUAAUAUACAAUCUGCUUAGUAUAGUUAUUUUCUAGUGUAGGGAUUUCAUGCUGUAAAAUAUAAGGCAAGAAAAAUGCUGAAAACUAAAUAUAGAUUUUUGUUAAAAUGAAUAUAUUUGUAGAUAAGAUUAUUUAUGUUUUUUUCUAAGUAUGCCAGUAAAGAUGUUUUUCUUUGCCAAAGAUGUUUUUCUUAGCCUUACUUUCUGCUUCAUAGACUAAUAUUGUCAUGAAGAACAUGCAUUUCUUUUCAUUCACAUUUCAUUAAUUUUUAUCAGUGGAGUAAUUGCUGGCGCUAAAAUCAUUUAGGAUGAAUUAUUUCUAUGUAAGAUAGUGAGAAUCUCGGUUGUAAACUGUAGAUUGGAUAAUAUUUGCAUCACUACGCUUCAGUCAAGAGGUUCGGGAUUCAAAUCACUGUACAGGAAUUGAGAAUUUCUGUGAUACUCUUGAGUAUCUCCCAUGUAACUAAGAGACUGGUACUGGUUCUUCCCAGAGAGGGCUUUAUGUGGUCACUCCUACACACAGGCACUAUGAAGAACUUGACUGUAUAUUCACAUAGAGCUAGGCCAAGUUAGACGGACAUACCUUUUUUCUCCUGUUCUGUGUGUUUACUAUCACUAUAUCCAUCUGGUCGGACCAUCCGGGGUCGAUAUGGAGCCAAGAGUUGCUGCCAUUGUAUAAUAAGCACUUUGAACAUGUUUGUCAUGAAAAGGGCACUAAUUAAUUCUGGUGUAAAUAUUUUUGUAAGAAGCUAGGAAUUUCCUCUUCUUAACUGGUAAUUCUUCCACAGAUAAUACACUAAAUAUUCACAAGUGUUUUAAAUUUGCGUAUAGCUUAGUUUGCAAACGUUAGCAAAAAUUUACCAUUGCAGAUAUUACCUUAUGUACAGUAACUUAAAGCACAUUUGUUCAAUAAAAUUUAUGUGAACGUGUUUGGUCAGCAUUUAUGAUGGACAACCAGGAAAUGCCACCAAACACAGUAUCUUGAUCUGCUAACAAGAAUCAUCUGGCACAAGUGUGGUAAGAUUUUUUAUUAUACAUAUUAAAUGUUAUUUAUUUUACAAACUUAUUGUAAAAAGUCUUGUACAUUUAUAUUGUGAAAUAAAUUUUUAAUGUAAA